AUAUAUAACUCUCUUGGCUCUCAUUUUACCUAUCAUAGAGACAUUGAAAACAACACAAGCAUAUAUUUUAAUAUAUAUUGACACAAACAUUUCCUUCAUUUACUUUCUAGUAGUUUCACUUCAUCAAAUCACUUAGUCAUGGGAGACAAUGUUGUAGUAUCCAAUAUGGAGCUAGAGAGGUUGCUUAGCAUGAAAGGUGGUAAAGGAGAGGCUAGCUAUGCCAACAAUUCCCAAGCACAGGCCAUACAUGCAAAGUCAAUGCUUCACCUUCUAAAAGAAGCACUAGAUAAAGUUGAGCUUCAUGACCCUAACAUUCCAUUUGUGGUGGUGGAUUUGGGUUGUUCAUGUGGGAGUAACACAAUCAAUGUUGUUGAUGUAAUCAUCAAACACAUCAUCAAACGCUAUGAAGCAUUAGGGUUCAACCCACCUGAAUUUUCUGCUUUCUUCUCUGAUCUUCCUAGCAAUGACUUCAAUACUCUUUUUCAACUCCUUCCUCCAUUAGCCAACUAUGGUGUUAGCAUGGAAGAGUGUCUUGCUGCUAAUAAUACUCGCUCCUACUUCGCGGCUGGUGUCCCCGGAUCUUUCUACCGGAGACUUUUUCCGGCGAGGUCUGUUGAUGUUUUCCACUCAGCAUUUUCACUGCAUUGGUUAUCUCAGGUACCAGAAUCUGUUCAGGAUAAGAGGUCAAAUGCAUACAACAAAGGAAGGGUUUUUAUCCAUGGUGCUAGUGACAUGACAACAAAUGCAUACAAGAAACAAUUCCAAAGAGACUUGGCAGGUUUUCUUAGCUCAAGGUCAGCAGAGAUGAAAAGUAAGGGGUCCAUGUUCUUGGUUUGUUUAGGCAGAACUUCAGUGGACCCUACUGACCAAGGUGGGGCUGGUCUCCUCUUUGGGACCCACUUUCAGGAUGCUUGGGAUGAUCUUGUCCAAGAGGGCUUAAUUAGCACUGAGAAAAGAGACAGUUUCAACAUUCCAAUUUAUGCACCAACCCUCCAAGACUUCAAAGAGGUAGUUGAAGCUGAUGGUUCAUUUUCCAUAAACAAGCUUGAAGUUGUUAAAGGAGGAAGCCCUCUAGUUGUUAACCAACCAGAUGAUGCAAGUGAAGUAGGAAGAGUUCUAGCCAAUAGCUGUAGGAGUGUUUCUGGAGUUCUUGUUGAUGCUCAUAUUGGUGACAAGCUAAGUGAAGAACUUUUCCUUAGAGUGGAGAAAAGAGGCACAAACCAUGGCAAAGAGCUAUUGGAGAAGCUUCAAUUGUUUCACAUUGUUGCUUCCCUUUCUCUGGUUUAAUGAGGAGAGAUUGAGAGAGAGAAAAAAAAGAUCCUUUGAACAUAAUAAGUUAUAAGACAACAAAGAAAAAGGCUUCUUUAGCUCUUUUUCUCUCUCUUUUUUGUGUGUGCUGUUUUAAACUUUUAGUGCAAAGAAAGGUCUAUUCCAUCCUCUAAUUUUACUCUUUGAUUGUUAUUUUAUGAGUUGGUGUUGAUUA